AUGGACAGCCAACCACCCCCGUCAAGAGGCUACGUGGAUCCAAACUUCCCUAAUCCAAAUGGCCCUGGUGACGCAUCUGUAAUCAUAUACGGUUAUACACCCAAUUUCAUCAUCUGCAUUCUCGGCAUCGUCUUCUUCGCCUUCAUUUUCUUUGCCCACCUCUUGCAAAUCAUUAUCUACCGGCUCUGGUCCUUCACCCCUCUCGGAUUCGCAUGUGUAAUGGAAGUGAUCGGCUACGUAUUCAGAGAGCUCUCGUCCCGCAAAGAUCCAUAUCGAGUCAACUUCUUUGUGGUCCAGUACUUCCUCAUAGUCACAGCCCCAGUGCUGAUCUCAGCGAGCAUCUAUGUUUGCUUGGCGAAGGUUCUUGGGUGGGCAGCGGAUUCCGGCCUGGAUCUGAGCGCCAGGAGUGUGUUGUUUCGGAGGACGUUUGCGCUGUCGACCUUCAUCACUAUCGACGUGCUGAGCACCCUCCUACAGGUCGCCGGCGCGAGCAUGAUCGGGGUUGCCACUUCCAACGGAAAGAAUCCGACGACGGCGAAUAAUAUUCUGCUCGCGGGACUUGCGGUCCAGACUGCCGCAUUCUUCGUGUUUCUGGGUCUCCUCGCCUUUGCUACUGCAGCGAUUUACCGCGAUCGGAGGGUAGCACGGAAGGCGAAGAGAAGCCCUUUCCUUGGAGUGCUAGUAGUUGCCAGUGUGUUGAUAUUUGUGCGGACUAUCUUCAGGUUGGCCGAGACGGCUCAGGGAGUCUUUGGGUAUCUGAGUAGUGACGAGAGGUACUUUGCAGUGUUAGAGUUCGUCCCAGUCGUGCUGGCUGCGGGGAUUCUGGCAGUAUGGUUCCCGGGCCGAUGGCCGACUGCACGUAGGAGGAGGGGGGGAAAUGAAAGCAGACAGCUUGUUUGA